AAUAAAAAAUAAUUGUUUAAAUUUUCCUCACCGCCGCGACUUCCAAAUUCCUCGUUCUUCGUUUUACACUCCUUUCCUCUGUUCCUCAUCCGUAACACCCACCCUAUAUAUACAUAUCUCUGUCUCUCUUUACUUCCAAAUUAAACACACCAAGAACAAUAUUUACACACACAUACACCCUUUGUAUCUAUCUCCCAGAUAUGGUGGAUUUAGAUUUGAAAACCAAGAUGGUGCACUCCGAUAUGCCCAAUAAAUCGCCCAGACUCUCAGAUAAGCUGAGAAUUUCGGUACCAUCUCCAUUUCGAGCCACCGAUUUGUCGCCGGCGUCCGAUUCGGCGUGCUCGGCUUACGAGCAAUACUUUCGUCUUCCAGAGCUCAAGCAGCUAUGGAGUUACAAGGAGUUUCCGAAUUGGAACGACGAGUCCAUUCUCAAACCAGCAUUGCAAGCUCUCGAAAUCACGUUCCGCUUCGUCCCCACCGUUUUGUCUGAUCCGAGACCGUACGCGAACCGGCGAGAGUGGAGUCGGAGGCUCGAGUCUCUCACGACGAGCCAGGUUCAUCUUAUAGCUCUCCUCUGCGACGACGGCCGGUCAGGAGGAACUGUGCCGAUCGUUGAUCUCAGCUCGUCGGGAGGCGUUAUAGCUCGUGGCGGGAGCUCGGCGGAGGUGUGGAAACUCGACGGAGAGACGACGGUGGUGAGCCGAAGCAGCGAGGCAAGCCUGCUACCACGGCUGGCCACGUGGCAGAAAUCGGAAGACAUUGCACGAAAAAUCCAGUACUCCAUCGAGUGCGAGAUGAUAAGGUGUCCGUACACGCUAGGUUUAGGCGAGCCGAACCUCACCGGCAAGCCGAAUCUCGAUUACGAUCUGAUCUGCAAACCAUCGGAGCUUCAUUCUCUGAAGAAAACUCCAUCAGAUCACAUAAAUCUUGAUAAUCAUGAAAAUCAAACGCUCUACACAACACAUCAGAUCAUCGAAUCGUGGAUCUACGUAGCACAACAGCUUCUCGGACGAAUCGGAGAGAGAAUCGAUUGCAGAGACUUCGAAAGAGCUUCAAUCGAUUGCUUCUUACUCGAAACGAUCUGGAAACUUCUUGCUGAGAUUGAAGACCUCCAUUUGCUGAUGGAUCCAGACGAUUUUCUCCGAUUGAAGAACCAGCUCGCGAUCAAAGCAUCGGCCGAGUCGGAAUCGUUCUGCUUCCGAUCGCGAGGACUCGUCGAGAUCACGAAGCUCUCGAAGAAUCUCAGGCACAAAAUUCCGUACAUAUUGAACGUGGAGGUGGAUCCGAAAGGAGGUCCGAGAAUUCAAGAAGCUGCGAUGAAGCUUUACCGCGAAAAGACUGGUUUCGAGAAGAUUCACUUGCUUCAGGCAUUACAGGCGAUUGAAUCGGCAUUGAAGAAGUUCUACUACUCGUAUAAACAAUUGCUUGUGAUCGUCAUGGGGAGUUUGGAGGCCAAAGGUAAUCAAGCUUAUGUGAGUCUCGAUUCGAACGAUUCUCUGUCUCAGAUCUUUCUGGAACCAACGUAUUAUCCGAGUCUUGACGCUGCAAAAACGUUCCUGGGAGAUUAUUGGAGUCACGAAUAUGGAGAAUACAGUACUGAGAGACGAACAAAGACUCAGAAAUGAGAUAUAAAUAUAAGAAGUGCAUUGUGACUCGGAAUUGGAUAUGUGAGUUAACUCGUUGUACUCUCUUGUUGGUGAGUCAAGUCUAUGCGAGUUUGUGAAAGGUGAGGAUUAAUACUCGAAGGUCAGGUUAAGUUCCACACAGAGAAUUACGAAGUCAUAUUAAUUUUUGGAGGUUAGAUAUUCUGUAUACUGAAUUAUUGUAUAAGAUAUUUUUUUGUAAAAUUUUCUAAAUCAUUCUUAUAAAUUAUACUCCGUAGUUAAUUCUUUUAUCGA